AGAAACUAUUCACUUUAUCCAAUUUAUAAGAUAAGCCGCGCUUUCAACGUUCUCCUUGUUUAUUAUUCAACCUUCGCAAACAGCUUCAUUCAAUUUCAGCAGAAAGUGAAUUCUCUGUUGAAAUGGGGAUUUUGUCAGAGGCCCAUAUUUGCCAGUGCUUUAGCCGCUUGGCCACCCAAAAACGCAACUCCCUCGUUACCAUCAACGGGGCUCGCCAGAAAACCGGCCAGCAGUUGGUCGAUAGCGUCCUAAGUCUGGCUCGUGGCCUGCUCCAACUUGGCCUCCGAAACGGCGAUGUCGUUGCAAUCUCUGCUUUCAACAGUGAUUGGUAUCUAGAGUGGAUACUAGCUGUUGCAUUUAUUGGAGGCAUCGUUGCUCCUUUGAAUUAUCGAUGGAGCUUUGAAGAGGCAAGAAUGGCAAUGGUAACCAUAAGACCAAAAAUGUUGGUGACAGAUGAGAGCUGUUACUAUUGGCAUUCUGCAGCCCAGGGAGAUGCUAUACCAUCUUUAAGGUGGCAUGUCUCACUAAGCUCCCCUUCCUUGGACAUUAUAAACAAAUACAACAUGUUAACUGCUGAAAUGCUUGUGGAGCAAUCUGUAAUAAAUGGAUCUAUGAAUUAUUCAUUUGCGCCAGAGGGUGCCGUUAUAAUAUGCUUCACGUCAGGAACUACUGGGAGGCCAAAGGGAGUUGUCAUAAGCCAUACAGCUUUAAUUGUACAAUCCCUGGCAAAAGUUGCAAUUGUUGGUUACAGUGAGGAUGAAGUUUAUUUACAUACUGCUCCCUUGUGCCACAUUGGUGGUUUGUCCUCAGCCAUGGCCAUGCUAAUGGUAGGAGCUUGCCAUGCCUUCAUACCGAAGUUUGAAGCUACACUAGCCCUUGAAGCCAUAGAACAACACCAUGUGACUUCUCUUAUUACUGUCCCAGCAAUGAUGGCUGAUCUAAUCUCAUCAGUCAGGCUGAAGCGAAUUCAGAAGGGAUGUGACAGUGUGAAGAAGAUAUUAAAUGGAGGAGGAGGCCUAUCGGACAACCUUAUUAAAGAUGCAACCAGAUUAUUCCCCAGAGCAAAACUUCUUUCAGCUUAUGGGAUGACGGAGACAUGUUCUUCUCUAACCUUCAUGACCCUCUUCGAGCCAAUGCUUGAGGCAUCUGGUACAUCACUUCAGAUGUUAGCCAUAACUAGUUCAAGUCCGGUCAAGGCACGAGGGGUUUGUGUUGGCAAGCCUGCUCCACAUGUUGAAAUAAAGAUAUGUGUUGAUGGCUCUUAUAAUGUCGGAAGAAUUCUCACCAGAGGUCCGCAUGUAAUGCUAAGAUACUGGGAUCAAAUUCCAGAAAAGGCAUCAAAUUCUGUAGAAGAAACUUGGCUAGACACGGGUGACAUCGGGUUUAUUGAUGACCAUGGUAACUUGUGGCUUGUUGGGAGAACCAACGGUCGAAUCAAAAGCGGAGGAGAAAAUAUAUACCCUGAAGAGGUAGAGGCAGUGCUAAUACAACAUCCAGGGGUUCUUUCCUCCGUUGUUGUAGGAAUUCCAGACCCUCGCCUAACAGAGUUGGUUGUUUCCUGUAUUCGAUUAAGAGAGAAUUGGCAGUGGUCUGAUGACAGUUUUAAAUACUCAGUUCAAAGCAACGAGCUAUUCCUGUCUAGUACAAUUCUUCGACUUCAUUGUAGAGAAAAGAAUUUAACUGGGUUUAAAAUACCAAAGAUAUUUAUUUUAUGGAAGACCCAAUUUCCACUAACAACAACCGGAAAGAUAAGAAGAGACCAAGUUAGAAGAGAAGUUAUGUCCCAGCAAUUAUCUUUUCCUAACAAACUUUGAUGUUAAUCAGAACAAUCACCAUGGGUGCCUGCAUAGGGAUGGUCCAAUUUUUAUCAUCUCUAUCAGGCUGCAGGUAUGCUUUCAUCUAACUUCCCCACUAGACCGCAUUGCUCAACUUGUUCUCUUUUCCCUUCAAAUGAUUAGCUUCAGGAACAAAUCACAGAUGGAACUGCAUUUCACACCUUAAAUAAAUUCAUUUAUUAUGGCAUCGGCAGAUCAAAUGAUUAGGUGUUGUAAUAUCUCUUAUCAAUGUGUCCUAAACGAAAGCUGACUCCAGAUUUUAUGGACUAAACUGGAUUUAGAUUUGAAAUGUAUGAAAAUAAACAUCAAAUUUUA